AUGGUUGGUACUGGGGUAUUUGGUCGCGAUGUUGGCGACCAGAGUCCAGAUCCCCAGUCUUAUGACUACCGACAUUCGGCGCGAACAUGGGAUGUCGUUACACAGGUGGUAUGCCUUACUGUAACCACCAUUUGUAUUGGGAUGCGGAUGUACUCGAAGCUUUUGGUGUUGAAGAAUCCCGGAUGGGAAGACUAUACAUGUUUGCUGGCUUGGCUUGGAUUGAUAGCCUAUGCUGUGAUCACCAUCGAAGCAGAUAAACACGGCAAUGGGGUCCAUCAAGAUGUGGUAGCGCCGUCUGAUCUAAAAGAGUACGCAAAGUUGGCGAAUUCUUCGCAAAUUGUGUAUGCGCCUCUGAUAUUCGUCACAAAGCUGUCUCUCUUUCUCCUGUAUCUACGAGUGUUUGCGCCGUCCCGCAAAGGUAGCACGUACCGAAUCAUCCACUUGUUCAUCUGGUUUAAUGUGGCGUUCUACCUUGCGAACUUCUUCUUGAAGAUAUUCCAGUGCAUUCCACGGUCUAGAAUUUGGGACCCAGACACUCCAGGACAUUGUAUCAACAUCAACAUCCCGAUUCUCGUGACGGCGGCAAUUAAUGUCCUUUCUGACAUUAUGAUGCUCGUCCUUCCCAUCGUUUGCGUUUGGAGACUGCAAAUGACCACGAGAAGAAAGAUAGGAAUAUCCGCUAUAUUCGCUGCUGGUGUAUUCGGGUGCUUUUCCAGUAUAAUGCGUCUCGUAGUAAGCGUCAAGGACAGAGAUACAAAAGAUAAAACAUAUGACUGGUUCUCGGAAUUCCUUUGGACCACAGCUGAAGUCACCUGCGGAAUCGUUGCCAGCAGCCUCCCAGCAUUGCCAACCUUCUUCCGCCACUUCUUCACCAAAGCCAAGUCAAAACUGUCCGAUCUGAGCCGUACAAGAGGUUCAACUGCACAAAGCAAUUCUUUCGGUAAACCAGAAGAGUCGUAUGCCCUAUCGCGCGGCCGGAAGAAUCAACUAUCUCAUAGCUUGUUUACUAUGGAGCGGUCGACUGAUCCUGAACGCGAAUCGGACGAUGAUAGAGCACGGAUAUUCUGCGGAUCUGGUUAUGCAACUGAAGCCAGAGUCGAAAGGAGCAGAACUCCAGUACAAGGGGGCUAUUAUGGGGAAGCACGUUCAGGAUUGGAGAGAGAAGAUGGCCAUGGCCGCGGCAUAUUGAGAAUCAUCGAAGUGGACGUGGAAUCAGGACCGGGGUAG